AUGGUGCAGCACGACACAAAUCAUAGGCGAUUUGGUCAGGCGAGCUGUUUGGAAAAUGGGAGCGCGUGGAUACGGCAGGCAGGUACUAUAAAUGGCACCAGCAUGGCACUCGGUGGGUCCCUGAAGUGCGGUUUGUGCCCAGUGGCCGGGGCGGCUGCGGCCGGCUCCUCAGGGGCUGCACCACAGCCCGCGGCUCGGUUUUGGGGGCAAAGGGAGGGAGGGGAGCCGGGGACCCCCGCUGGAACGACUCGCCCAGCACGGGCGGAGGCCCGGCUCCUCCGAAGGACGGCGGUCGCUGCCCCGGCGGGACUCCAUUUCCCAGCGCGCCCCGCGCCCCCGCCGCAGAGGCCGGGCCGGGAAGGGAAGAUGGCGGCGCCCGUGUCGCCCUUGGUUACUGCGCGCUGCCUGCUGCGGGCUUCGGCGCGGCGCGCCCCCCGCCUGCUACCGGCGCGGGCCGCCGUCCUGCGGAGAGCAUACACAGCUCAGGCAGAUGAGAAGACAGUCCCUGGUCCUCCUACAGAUUCUAAUGCCAGAGCCUUAUUGGUUUGCAGUGGACCUUUAGAACAUUAUGACUUUCUGAUUAAGCAAGAAGAGCUGAGGAAUGAUAAGCAACAAAGAAUAGUUGUGCAGCACCUGCAGAAGCUGCAUGAGAGCCUUAAAGGCUACAGCAUCAGUUCAAAAAAUCUUCUCUCAAAGCUCUUUGCAAAAAACAAACCCCCAAAAGGUCUUUAUGUCUAUGGAGAUGUUGGCACAGGAAAAACAAUGGUGAUGGACAUGUUCUAUUCUCACUUAGAAGUAGAAAGGAAAAAGAGAGUCCAUUUUCAUGGCUUCAUGCUAGAUGUACACCAGAGAAUACAUCGACUUAAGCAGAGCUUGCCAAAAAGAAAGGCAGGAUUUAUGGCCAAAUCAUAUGACCCAAUUGCACCAGUAGCAGAGGAAAUAAGCGAAGAGGCUGCUCUCUUAUGUUUUGAUGAAUUUCAGGUCACUGACAUUGCUGAUGCCAUGAUUCUGAAGCAGCUUUUUGAAAAUCUUUUCCAAAAUGGGGUUGUCGUUGUGGCAACAUCUAACAGGCCGCCAGAAGAUCUCUAUAAAAAUGGUCUUCAGAGAGCUAAUUUUGUACCAUUCAUUGCUGUGCUGAAGAAAUACUGCAGGACAAUCCAGCUUGACUCUGGAAUAGACUACAGGAAACGAGUGCUUCCUGCUGCUGGAAAACUUUACUACCUCACAAGUGAAGCUGAUGUGGAGGCUGUCAUGGAUAAGUUGUUUGAUGAGCUGGCUCAGAAACAAAAUGAUUUAACUAGACCAAGGAUUCUAAAAGUGCAAGGCAGAGAGCUGAGGCUGAAUAAAGCGUGUGGAACCAUUGCAGACUUCACGUUUGAAGAGCUGUGUGACAGACCUCUUGGGGCCAGUGACUAUUUGGAGAUAUCAAAGCAUUUUGACACAGUCUUUGUUCGUGACAUACCACUUCUUACAAUGGCAAAGAGGACACAGGCUCGUCGUUUCAUUACUCUUAUUGAUACUUUUUAUGAGCAUAAGGUGCGUAUUAUUUGUUCUGCAGUGACUCCGCUCCAAAGCUUGUUCCUGGUAGAACAUGACAAUGGUGAGCUAGAGGACAACAGAGUGUUGAUGGAUGAUUUGGACUUGUGCCAGGAUUCUGCCAAAGGACUCUCCAUGUUUACAGGAGAAGAGGAAAUCUUUGCCUUUCAGCGUACUGUCUCACGGCUUACAGAAAUGCAAACUGAACAGUACUGGAAAGAUGGGGACAGAAGCAAAAAAAUGUUAUAAUUGAAAGUUUAAUAAAAUCACCAAGAAGUAAAACUACAGAAUUUGAAAGCUUUUUAGCACAACUGAAAUAAUAAUUGCACUUUAUCAUUUGGACUGUGUUUUCUUUCAUCAGUUGUUUUUUGUGCUUAACACAUGAGGACUCAGGAUUUUUUUUUCUGUACCACCAGUGUGUGGACAUGUGAAAUUUUGCCUUCGUUUUCUCUUCUGUAAAAUAUAACUUUGAUGUUCAGGAAGUUUAAUGGGAUUAGAAUUUUUCUGGAGAAUUGGUCUAGAGACAAAGUUAAUGGGCUGUGCGGGGUUCACAGUAGAUUUAUAAUGUCAUGUGAAGAGGGCACUUUGUGGUUUAUGCACUGCUUCUGACAUGUACAAUGCGUUUUGGACAAAAGAAAAAUCAAAUGCUUUCUUUAUGAAACUCCUGAUAUGAUAUUGUAUAGUUCCCUGCUAGAAUCCUGGAGAUCCUCUGUAGUGUAUUCUAGGGGGUUUUUUUCUCAUUUUCUGUGUGUAGCCAUCUGUUGACUUCCAGGCUCUUAAGAGUUUCUUGUAAUCAGACUUGCUCAGUCUGGUUCAUUGAAAACUAAUGGAUUGAACCAAGAGAGAACCCUGAGGAGGAGCUUGAAGGUACUUGAAACUGCACAGGAUAAAGAUCUAAGUAAUCACGGAUGGGAAAAGAAACUAUGGUAAGACAGGGUAUACUGUAACAUAGAAGUGCAAGUUAAUACUCUUCCUAAGUUUUGCAGUUCUUGCAAGCCUGGAUAUGCUGCCUCUACACCAGUGACGUACCUCUACCCUGAAUUUUCUCAGGCUUCAUCUAUACCAAACCUUCCAUUGCUGCUAGUACACCUGCCCUGAUCUGGGGACAGUAGUACACAGUACUACUGAGGCAAUUCAUUGUGCUACAAUAGGAAUGUGUUUCAUGGAAACAAUGGGAUAUUAACUGAUACCUCAAAACACAUCACCUAUCCUUGUGUUUGUAGUUGGAAACUUUCUUUUAGUUAAAAAUGCAAUUGUGUCAUUCUCGGUUUUAAUCUAACUGAAACAAAAUAUGGUAUUGCAGAUACUGGCUUAUAGUGUAUUUUUAUAAGAAGUCAUUUUAAGACCAUAUUUAGAAACCCUGAAUAGGCAAAACCAUUAUGCAGAUGGACUGAAAAGUUUGCCUUAAUUUCUUAAGGAGAAGAUAUAUAACACACUGUCCCCAAAUUUGAGUUUUCUUGGAUUUUGCAACAUGACCUUUUUCUUGUACUGUAUCUGUUAUCAAAAAUAAUUCUUCUCUGCCUUUGUUAAGCCUGAUUAAAUUGUUUCACUUGUAGCCCCCAUCACAAUUACAGAAAGCUUUUAAAAGAGAGUUUUGUGUGGCAGGGAGGACUGGAGAGGUCCUGUGCACUUGCAUUUGUUAUGGUAAUACAGAUGCUUUGGAGCCAUGUGCUGAAGUGUGGUUUUCUGUUCCGAUCACUUCUGUUUGUCCUGGAAGUUACUUAUACUGGCUAUACCUGUUCUUCAGAGAAUUUUUAAAAGCCUCUAUUUGUAGUUUACAACUUACGCAACUAUGUUUUCAUUCCCAUAAGGGUGACUACCAUGGAGAAUUUUAAUGCAUAUUUAUGAAAACCCCAGUCAGAAUACAUUGCUUAUACUUAAGAAUAUCCGAAUAAUUGAUGUAUAUUUUCAGAGAUUUGUAUUAGGUUUCUCAACAGAGGAACUAUUGAGA